AAAGGAUACGCGAUGAGGCAGCUGCUUGUUUUCGCGCUAAUCAGCGGAUUGUUUUACUUUUCCGAAGGCAAACCGUGCCCCGAAAAGACACGCCCCCACAAAACCCGCUGCGACGCCUUCUACAAGUGCCGGGAACUCGAAUCCAAUUCGCAUGUUUGGAUUCCGGUGAAAUGCAACGAGGGCCUGGUAUACGAGUCCAGUUUGGGCAGUUGCGUGCUGCCUGGUGAGGAUUGGGAGUGCAUCACGCCCAGUGAGAUGACGAGCUCCACUCAGUCGCCGGCGAAACCGGAUGCGGACAUCCUGAUAGUCAACGACAUGGAUGAGGCGGGUCUGCUGCUGAGUGAAUCCAGCCACAAGGACGAUGGCACCGUGGAAAUCGUACUGGACUCCACGCUGAGUAGUGAAGAGGAUGAGGAGACGGGCAAGAGCAAGCCGAAUUCGGAGGAGGAUGUCUCCGCCAGUCACAAUUUCGAUUCCAGCGGAGAUGGCGAGCUGGUGGAGCUGGAAUCCCCUGCCUCUUUAAAACCAGAGAAUCGCGAGGAGGUGGAGACAUCCUCCUCCACCAGCAACAUGGAGCACCGAACAGAGGUGGAGAAACUGAAGACCGAACUGAAGCAGGUGGCUGGGAUCAGUGAGUUGGCCAAACCGGGCUCACCCAUCGAUCCCAAUCUCACGGCCCAUUUGCAAAGAUUAUCCCAGCUGAUCGAUGGACUGCAGCAGACCUACCAGAAGACGGAUAAACCGCAGGCGGAGAUGCGUCCGGAUCAGUUGAAUGCCUUCUUGGCUCACUUUGAUAUCAAGAAUCGUUACGAGAUGAUGAAUCCCAUGGAUCAGGGUAAGACUACUCCUAGUAGCACCACCACUAGCACCACCGAGGCACCCAGAACCACGCCAAAGCUACCGGAACCCCAUGUGAAUAAGACCCGCCUGCAGGAGCACUUGAGUCACCAUCGACUGGAACCGGAAACCAAACUGAUGCUGAGCAAUGCACUGCCCUAUUCUGCACAUGGAACCAGUGGUCAGGGUUAUGCCAACUCGCAGAUAGUCGUCAAUCGUCCCGAGGGAUCUGUGAUGUUUGCCCUUCCACCCAAUUAUGGAAUGAGCCAGGAGCAGAGUGCCUUCUCCAGCCAACAUCAUUCUCUCCAGAGUCACGAGUACAGCGAUCAUGAACCGAAAAUAUCAGAGGAUACCUUGAAAACGGUUCUAGAACUAUCCAAGCAAAUGAUAGCCGCUCAAAAUAUGCCCAAAGUUCUGCCCCAACCGGGAUUUAAUGCUGGCUAUUAUCAGCCGAUUUUACAGCCGGUAUUCGUUAGCCCCCAAGGUAAUCCCUUCCAGCAAUAUUAUGGCAUGCCACCUCCAUUGAAUCCCCAUUAUAAUUACAACAAUAAGAAGCACUCUUCUGGGGGAAGUUCCUCCAACAAUGGUUACAACAAACCCAGCACCACCAUCAUACACAACAAUGUGAUACCUGUACAUUUAUCCAGCACAAGUUCGGGUGAGAAGGAGGUUUUGGAUACAUAUGGUCAUAGUCUGGGGGUAUAUCCCAGUAUGGAUAAGCAUGUGACGGGUGAAAUGGAGUAUAUGACUACAGCAAGACCCAUUUCGAUCACAACUUCAGCUACUACCUAUGGAUCCCAGUCCCCAUUUGCCAGUGAUUAUACCUUAACUACUCCACGACCCUUUGAACAUCAACCCUCGGCAGCCACAGUGGCCACCUACUAUACACCCAGUCCUCAUUUGGGAGAACACAAUGCCAAUAGGGUUUACCAAGCCACCGAAUCAUAUCAAUCGAUGAAUAUGCCGCGACCCAUGGACAUGUUUCCGGGACAAAUCGAUGCGGAUAGGGUGAGCAUACGGCCCAAUUCGCAGAAAAUCGAAAGCAUGGAGAUGAUGGACGAAGAUCUGAUUAAGGCCAACUAUCAGAGUGGGAAUGGAAAUGGUAAUGGCAACCAGAAUGGGAACACUCUUCCUCACGUACUGACCUACAGCAGCGACAUGAGCCAGCAAUUAGCACCUGGCAAUGGCUAUCUGGAGCAGAGUUAUAACCACCAGCAGCAGCAGAAUCAUCAUCAUCCAUAUAUGCCCAGGCCCAGGCCCACGAUGAGCAGCAGUAUCUACAGCGAUUCGGAUGGCAAUAUGGAGAUGAGCAGCAUGUUUACCAGUAAUCCUAGUCUAAACCCCUUUAAGGCCAGCACCAAUGCGCCAUCUAACGGACAGUUGGUGAACUUCAAUGGGAAUUUCAUCAGUCUAGAUGUCUUUCAGAAAUCUAUACUACCACUAAUGACCAAAUCGCAGUCGGCACUCAAUGAACUGGGCAAUGUGGAGGUCAUCACUUGCCAGGCGGGCGUCAGGCAACCGAAUCAAACGGAUUGCACCCGCUACUUCGUUUGCAGCAAAAAGGAUGGGAAGGUCCUUUCCUACUCCUGUCCACCCUAUACGGGUUUCAAUAAGCAGACCAGGAUCUGCGAUGCCCCCACCUAUGCGCAGUGUGGCAAUGUGAUGCCUGCUUUUAGUGGUUAUACAAUAGACACCAACAGGAGACUCCAGAUGGAGGCCAUCAAGAUGCUGAGUGAGGCAAAGAGGAGGCAAGAGGCUGCUUUAAAAGCACAGAGCAUAGCGAAUCUCCUGCAGCAUUAUGGAGGCAAUCAGCAGGGAUCACCUGGCAUCUCGGCGAACAUAGAAAGCGAUCCCUUGGACUCGUAUGUGGUUAACCUGCCGGAAGUUAGCCUGGCCACCACCACAACCAGCAGACCCACCAUCAUCCAGGCUGGCAAUAAUUUGGUGGGCAGCUCCUCAUCGCCCGCCAAGAAGAGGAAAUACUACUGCAAGGAGGGCGACAAGAUACCCGAUCAGACCUCCAUUUCCAGCUACUUUGUGUGCUACAAGAACGCGCAGGGCCAGAUGAAGGGCCACAAGAUGAGCUGCUCCAAGAGCCUGCUCUUCUGCCCCAAGACCCUCAUGUGCACCCUCGCCUCCAAAUGUACGGACUAA